AUGGAACCGGGCAGAGAGCGCAAUGGAAAGGCCAAUGAAACGUCCAAUGAAGCAUUAGAUCGUGCACCAGAGACUGAGGUUGAUUCCAAUGGGAUUACCGCACAGGAAACCGAGGAACAGGGCCCACAAGACCCGUUUGGAAUUGACCGUUUGAGCGUCCAUUAUGACUACCUAUUGUACCGAAUUCAGGACUAUGUGUCGUCAAUACACCUGCAAACAACCAACGUUUGUCGUCGCCAAAACGAGCUUGUUGAGCAGGGCAUAAUUGGCGAAGUAAUUGACGGAAACAUCGAACAAAUGCAGAAAGUGCUGCGACAAUGCGAAGAAUUGGAAAAUGAGUUCGAUAAGCUCGAUCAGAUCGAUCAGAUCGUCCAAAGUUUCCAUGACCGAAUCAAAGAUGUUGCGGAUUCAUACCGGCAGCUGGCGCGCGGUAAGUGA